AUGAUAAGAGCUCAAAAUGACUUCAAAAGCAUAGAUUUUGGAUGGUCAAAUCGUCUUUUUACUUCUGUAAACUGUUCAAAAUGUUUUGGAGUCGAUUCAACAGAAGCAACCGACAAUAGGUUUGUAGAUUUGCUUGAGUUCUCGCAGUAUAAUGGUGUUCCUUGGCCUUUAAAGAAAGGUGAAGCUCCUCCUAAACGAUGGUUUUCUGACAUUCGAUAUACUUUGGCUACACCAUUGCCUCAUAAGUAUCCGUCUGUGAGGAACGAAGUAAUCAAUUCGAAAAGGGUCGAAGUUGCUGUAGCUAAACUUCAUGAGGAAUGUCCAAGUCUCACUUUUAACAAUCUGAAUAAAACAGUUUGUUCAUACUUCACUGAAAUCAGAGCUACUCUGUCCCGACUUGUGUGUAAGCUAUGCGCGUAUGUGCUCUACAAGACUUUCCGUCGAUUAAUGACACAUCUUUAUGUAAACCCUAUGCAAGUCAAAGAGGUUCAAGCAGCUCAUGAAACCGGCAUUCCAUUGGUGUACCUUCCUCUACACAAGAGUCAUCUAGACUAUCUAUUGAUAACAUGGUGUGCUUGGCAUUUUCAUCUCCCUCUACCUCAUAUUGCCUCUGGAGACAAUCUAAACCUAUCCGGAUUUGGUUGGCUUCUUCGAUCCACAGGAGCAUUCUUCAUCCGUCGUCCGAAAAGCCCUACGGAUUCGGGAGGGAAAGAUGUAAUUUAUAGAGCUGUUUUACAUUCUUACCUCGAACAACUCUUGAAAAAAGGAAUGCACAUAGAGUUUUUCUCAGAAGGAACAAGAAGUAGAUUUGGAAAGCCUUUAUUGCCCAAACAUGGGUUGAUCUCAAAUAUUGUUGAAGCGUUGCAAGAAGGAACCAUUAAGGACUGUUACUUAGUACCUGUUUCGUAUACAUAUGAUCAAGUUGCUGAAGGAGUUUUUUAUAACGAACUUAGAGGAUUACCAAAGAUUCGCGAGAGUGUUAUUGACGUAUUCCGAGGAGUAAUCAAGACGUUCGGUUUGGAUAAGCGUUGCGGAGCUGUCCGAAUUCAUUAUGGAAAGCCUAUUUUGUUAUCGCGCUACUUACGAUCUUUGUCUCAUUGCGAGCCAUCGUUCGCUAUCACGAGGAUGAGACAUUCCUAUUCUUACCGUGAACUGAUUCCCUGGCACAAAAUGCACGAAGUAGCCAUUGAUAAUCGAACGUUGAUCCGUUCUAUAGGAUUCCAUGUGAUACAUGAAGCUCAACAGAUUAACUCGAUUUCUCCUGUAGCAAUUCUGAGCGCAUUGAUGCUCAGUAAGCACAGAAGAGGAGGGAAUCGUAGAGUACUGGCAAACGGUAUGAUCCAAAUUUGUGAAGAAAUUUUGAAAGAGGGUGGAGAAGUAAUGGGCUAUCGCCCAGGAUAUACUACCGGAGAUGAUUUGGUUCAGUAUGCAUCUAGAUACCUGAAAGAUUCUUUGAGUCUUGAUGACUCUUUGGUCAAUGUCAAAAGUUUUUGUGCCCAUCAUGCCUAUCACUUGGCUUAUUCGAGAAACUCUUUAGUUCCUCUCUUUGCUUUGAAGAGCGUCAUAGCUUUGGUCAUCAUGUCUCAUGAAGAGAAAACGAUCUCUCCAGUUACUCUAGUCACUAAAGUAAUAGAUCUUUGUCAGUUUUUGCAAUUUGAAGUCAUUUUUUGUAAACCCUGUGAAAAUUUAGUUGAAUUAGCGAAAAAAAAAUUCCAUGAAAUGGUUCAAUCCGAGUUCAUUGGCAAUUCUUGCAAUGAGAGCGAAUUGCUUAUCAACGAUGACGUGAGGAAGAAAUGCUUGUUCUUAGCUUCUAUUCUGAAACCCUUCGUUCAAACUUUCUAUUUUGUUACUGAAGCUUUGUCCCUUCUUUCGAAGCAAAUCUCAGAAAAAGACUUUGUUUCUAAUCUUUGCCGAAAGUCGUUUGGAUAUUCAUUGGAUAUCAAUUUCGAAGUUCUUCCGGAAGCUUUUAACAGCGACUCAGUAAGAAACUGUUUGAACGCUCUCAGGGAAAUGGCUAUUCUUAAACCUGAUCUACAACUUCAGUUGAAUGAUUCCGACAAGCUACAGAGAAUUAAAGAAUCACUAGCAGUUGUGUUUACCGGUAAUAAGGCUGAUGCAGUCUUUGUUUCAUCUGACUGGGUAGCACUUUGA